UGAAGUCUCAUCUCUAGUUAACCAGAUCAAAUUGAUUUGACAUUUCUAUACAUUCGAUUGUUAAUUAUCAUAACCUGGAAUAAUCUAGAAUUUUUAAAUCCGCAAUAGUUUGUGAAAUUUGUGUAAAAAGGGCAAAUUAUCGUGACACGUAGAGACAAAAUUUUAAAUUGAUUGUAAUGCCUGGUGUUAAUACAAGUAUGGCCUUAUUACCAACAGAUGAGUCUUCGAAUGUACAAAAUCAAGAAUCUACUCGAUCUCAACCAAGACAACCUUUAAGUCUGCAAGGUCUUUUACGUUUUUCUAUGGAAGCAACAAGAGCAGAGGAUGCCCCAUUUAAUGGAGAAUUAUUACCAAUGGACGAAGAAAGAAAACAGUUUCUCGAAAAUGCCUUGAAAUCGAUGACAGUGGAUAUAGUGGAAGUUCUUCAAAGACAAAUACAGUUACUGAGGGGUGUAGAAUCUUUGGAAGCACAUGAGGAUAAUACGAAAUAUUUAGAAGCUAUAGAAACUAUUUUAGAAUAUGUUGAUAACAUAGAUAUUGCAAACGAUUUUCACAAAAUCGGUGGUUUUACAAUACUCUAUCCAUGUCUCAAAUCUUCCGAUUGGAAAAUUAGGGCGGGAGGAUGUGAAUUAUUAGCAGUUUUAUGUCAAAACAACCCAUAUUGUCAACAAGUAGUACUAGAUAAUGAGUUCGUACCAAAACUAUUAACCAUGAUCAACACUGACGACGACGGGCAAGUAGUAACAAAAGCAGUAUAUGCACUAAGUGGUAUCAUUAGAGAUAAUCCAGAAGGUGUUUCUCAACUAAUUAAUUACAAUGGUUUGUCCAUAUUGAUACAAUGUUUGAAGAGUAAUCAUGAAAACGUCAUUAUAAAAUCUGCUUUCCUCAUGGGAGCUUUGUGUAGAUCAUCCCCUAAAUUAAAAGAUGAUUUGAUUGCAUUAGGUUGUAUACCACAACUGAUUUCCUUAAUUUUAAUGGAUCAUUCUCCUAGUCAUGAACAUGUUAUCUUAUUAUUGGUCACAAUUCUUGAAGAUAAACCAGAAGCUGUGGUCCAAUUCAAGAAUUAUUCACCGAACAUUAAAGAAUUUUUACAGAGGUAUCUGGCCACAGUUAAUAAUAAGGAAGAAUAUUAUGAAGAAGAAAAUUGUUGCAAACGACUUUUACACAUGUUGCAAUCGUAAAUUUCAUCACUUAAUCUAAAGAAAUAUUUUUUUUAAACAUUUAAAAUUUAAUAAUAAAUAUUUAUUACU